AAAAAAGAGACAGAUCACAGAGCUAAAACCUAAAUUUAAUUAAAUAAAUUUUUGAUUUUGAUGAAAGUAGUUAAUUGUUAAAAGUUAAAAUGUAUUCGUGAUAUUAUUAUUAUAUUCUCAUAUAUCUCUCUGCUUGGCUUGUGUUGUACCCCUGUACCUGCGUCUUUAACUUAGUAUAUAAACAUAUUCUCAAUAUUUGUAAGUUUUCAAUAAGAUUUGUGUUUUUUAUUUCGUAAGUAAAUCUUAGUGUUUAUGAUAGUCAAAAACAGACAUAUUUCUACCCAACAAUGUCUUCAGAAACAGCACAAGUCAGUUCGUUACCUUUGCCACCCAUUCAAUAUAUAAAUUUUUAUACUGAUGAUAAUGUAAGAAGAAAUAGAGCCCCUCUACCGCCUAGACCUAUUCAUGAUUCAUAUUCAAUGUUUGGCAAUACUUUUAAUGCAGAUGAUGCUAUUAUAAGAUCAUUGGAAAGUCAGGGCUUCAGAAGAUUAUAUCCUAUGCAUUUUGAGAGGAGGAGGGAGCUUAAGAAACUUAAUCACUCAUUACUUGUGAAUUUUCUAGAUCUACUAGAUCUUUUAGUUCAUUGUCCAGACUCACCUAAAAGAGCAGAAAAAGUAGAAGAUCUCAGCCUAUUGUUUAUUCACAUUCAUCAUUUAUUAAAUGAAUUCAGACCUCACCAAGCAAGAGAAACAUUAAGAGUUAUGAUGGAGUUACAAAAACGACAAAGAGUUGAAACUGCAAUGAGAUUUCAGAAACAUUUAGAUAAAGUUCAAGAUAUCCUACAAAAUGCACUACAAAGCCUGCCUGAUCAAAAUGAGAUCGAAUCAAAUUUCAAAAUACCACCAGAAAUAUUAGAACAAAUGGAAAGCAGUCCAAAUGAUACUUCUAAUCCAGAUGCAUGUUAUGAACUUGAUUAUAUUAUGUGUAAUGUGGUGGACAAUAUGAGAUAAAAUGUACCAUUUUUCAGAGAAUAAAUAAUUUGGUUCA